AUGGAGGAUCUGGAGAGAGGAUGUGGUAAACUUAAGCUUACGGAAGAGGAAAAUGAAGUGAUUGAGGUGAGUGAAGAUUUCAUGAUCAAGGGGACGGAGAAGGGUAAUAAUAGCUUGGUGGGGAAGUUGCUAUCUGACCGAAAAGUGAACAAAGAGGUGAUCAGAUCUACUAUGAAAAAAAUCUGGAAACUGAAUGGCUCCUUUGUGUUCUAUAAUAUUGUGCCCAACAUGUUUGUUAUAUCGUUUGAGAACCAGAAGGAUAGAGAGAGAGUCCUGGAGGGGAAGCCGUGGCUGUUCGAUAAUCAACUGUUUGUUUUGAAGUUGUUUGAUGGCUUAACCCCCCCGCAGAAAAUGAACUUUGAUUUCGAGGAAUUCUGGGUACACCUAAACAAUCUACCUUUAGCAUGCAUGUCAAGAGAAGUGGGAAUGCAGAUUGGAGCUACGGUUGGAAGUGUAAAAGGUGUGGAUAUAAGGGAGGAUGGAAUAGGAUGGGGAAGCUUUCUAAGGGUUAAGAUAGAAAUAGACCUGAGAAAGAAAAUUACAAGGGGUCGAAUAGCUAAUGUAAUGGGCAACAAAUUGUGGAUUCCAUUGAGCUAUGAGAAGCUCCCUAAAGUGUGCUUUAAAUGCGGCAAGAUCUUCCAUGGGGGUGAGGGCUGUCUCGAGACGGAAGGUAUUAAUGAUAAACUUCAAUAUGGGGUAUGGCUUAGAGCUAGCUAUUCGGGAAGGGGAAAAUCUUCAGAGUCUUCGAGCAAUAAGAUCAGCGGGAAUAUGAGUGAGAGUGAGGGUGAGUUUAAUCAUACUGUUGGGUCUUUGGGAGAAAAGGAAUUGGGAGACGGGGGGAAUGAGUCGCAGGCAGUGAAGGGAAAGGGUGCACAACAAGUGUUUGAUAAAAACUCUGGGACAGGGGAGAGGACUGAAGGGGUAGGCAGAAGUGGGAAGACGGUGGAGGAGUGUGGGGUAGUGACUAGAUUACAGCAACUAGAACAUGAUAAGGAGAUGUCUGAAAACUUUGGGGGAGAGGAGAGAAGAAGGUGGAAAAGAAGGGCUAGAGGGGCAGUUACAAAGGAUACACGAGGUUCUUGUUUGGGGGGAAAACGCAAGCUGAGAAGCGAGAAACCUGGAGACAACAGUAAGGGAGCAUCAAAAAAAGGGAAAGCAUGUAUGGAGGAGGGAGGUUCAAAACAUGAUGUGAUGUUGGUGGAGGCUGCUAGUCAGCUCCACCAACAACAAUGA